AUGGUCGUACUUGAGGGCGUCGAUCUCGACGCGCUAAGCUAUAUUAUCAAAAUCCCCUACAAUGGCACAGGCCCUACGGGAGGAGAUUCGUUGACGGAAGAUCUAAAUAUAUGGUAUGAGAGCGGCGACAUUGCGUGGAUGAUAACGGCGACAGCUCUCGUGCUGCUCAUGAUUCCUGGAGUGGGCUUCUUUUAUUCUGGUCUCGCCCGUCGUAAAUCAGCCUUGUCGCUAAUAUGGCUCUCUGUCAUGGCCACGGCCGUCACAACGUUCCAAUGGUUUUUCUGGGGUUACUCCUUAACGUUUUCGCAUACGGCAUCUUCUUACAUUGGGGACUUGUCCAACUUUGGGUUUAAGGAUGUAUUGGGUAGGCCGUCUGUGGGUUCUGCGAGAAUCCCAGAUCUACUAUUCGCCGUUUACCAAGGCAUGUUCUCAGCUAUCACCGUAGCCCUUGCGACGGGUGCCGUCGCGGAGAGAGGACGUAUGCUGCCAUGUGUUGUCUUUAUGUUUAUAUGGUCCACGAUAAUCUACGAUCCGAUCGCUUGCUGGACUUGGAACCCGGCUGGAUGGUCUAACAAGAUGGGAGGUCUCGACUUCGCCGGUGGCACGCCAGUCCAUAUUGCUUCCGGAACAGCUGCACUUGCAUAUUCGAUGAUGCUCGGAAAACGACGAGGCCACGGCACCCACGAGCUGAACUAUCGACCGCACAACGUUACGCAUAUUGUCAUUGGAACUGUAUUCCUAUGGGUCGGUUGGUUUGGUUUCAAUGCUGGUAGCGCUCUUUCGGCCAACUUGCGUGCUGUCAUGGCUGCUGUCGUGACUAACCUCGCAGCCUGUGUCGGGGGUAUCACAUGGUGUGUACUUGAUUACAGACUAGAGCGUAAAUGGUCGACGGUGGGCUUCUGUUCCGGAGUUGUCGCUGGUCUUGUGGCAAUCACGCCAGGUUCAGGUUACGUUCCUGCGUGGGCCGCUGUGAUCUAUGGCAUUCUCGGAGCCGGCUUUGCCAACUACGCUACUAAACUCAAGUUCCUUUUGCGGAUUGACGAUGCAUUGGAUAUUUUUGCGGUACAUGCCGUAGGCGGAUUCGUUGGAAAUAUCUGCACUGCCUUUUUCGCCGCCGACUACAUCGCCCACCUCGACGGCUAUUCUGAGAUACCAGGUGGUUGGGUGAACCACCAUUGGAUCCAACUCGCAUACCAACUAGCCGAUUCCAUCUGCGGAGGCUGUUAUUCAUUCUUUGGCACAUGCAUCAUCCUCUUUCUGCUUAACUUGAUCCCUGGUCUGCAACUGCGAGCGGCUGAAGAGGCUGAAAUUCUGGGAAUCGACGAUGCGGAAAUUGGCGAAUUUGCGUACGACUACGUCGAGCUUACCAGGGAAGUGCUCAAUGAUAUUGAGGCCGACGCUGCUAGCCGAUAUUCAGCAGAGGGAGGACACACAUUUGAUCCGCGAGAGAAAAACAGCAUUCCGCUAAUGGAUCCUCGAGCAUAUCCUGGACAGUCCUCACAUUCACCUACUCCAUAG